AUGGGACUAUCCGUUAAUUUCAUUUUCAAUAACAGUCAAAAAGGAUUUGAGGCUGGAGGCCCCAGUGUUCCUUCGAAUAUUUAUCCCUGGUCAAUUAUUGGAAAUGAUUCAACCAUUCACGUAUCAACUGAUCGUACCUCUUGUUUUGAGCGUAACAAAGUUGCAUUACGUAUGGAGGUUCUUUGCAAUGGACCCAAAUCUUGCCCACCUGGUGGCGUUGGCAUCUCUAACCCUGGUUAUUGGGGCAUGAACAUCGAGAAGGGGCACAAGUACAGAGUAGUCUUCUUUGUUAGAGCACUUGGUCCAAUUGAUCUAGAUGUUUCAUUGGUGGGGUCGGAUAAUGGUGUGAAAUUGGCUUCAAAGAACAUCAAGGCAUUUGAACUUUAUGUUUCAACGUGGAGAAAGAUUGAGACCAUACUGGAAGCCAAGGAUACGAAUCAUAAUGCAAGUCUUCAAAUAACAACAAGCUCCAGAGGGGUUGUAUGGUUAGACCAAGUGUCAGCUAUGCCUAUGGACACAUACAAGGGUCAUGGUUUCCGGAAGGACCUAUUUCAAAUGGUGGCAGACCUCAAACCAAAAUUUUUCAGAUUCCCAGGGGGCUGUUACGUUGAAGGAGAAUAUCUAAGGAAUGCAUUUCGGUGGAAAGAAACAGUUGGGCCUUGGGAGGAGAGACCAGGACACUUUGAUGAUGUUUGGAAGUAUUGGACUGACGAUGGAUUUGGUUAUUUUGAGGGCCUCCAAUUGUCCGAGGACCUUGGUGCAUUGCCAGUCUGGGUUUUUAACGCUGGUCUCAGCCUUAACGAUGAAGUUAAUACAUCUGCCAUCGCACCUUUUGUGCAAGAAGCUCUAGAUGGUAUUGAGUUUGCAAGAGGUUCCCCGAAAUCAACAUGGGGAUCUCUCAGAGCUGCCAUGGGACAUCCUAAACCAUUUGACUUGAGAAUUGUUGCCAUUGGAAAUGAAAACUGUGGCAUGUUUAACUAUCAAGGAAACUAUCUCAAGUUCUACGCUGCUAUCAAAAGUGCUUAUCCAGAUAUGCAAAUUAUUUCAAAUUGUGAUGGUUCUCAAAACCCGUUAGAUCACCCGGCCGAUCUCUAUGAUUUCCAUAUUUAUACAAAUGCGAAGGACAUGUUUUCCAAGUAUACCAAGUUCGAUAACGCACCACGAUCUGGUCCAAAGGCGUUUGUUAGUGAAUAUGCUGUUUGGAAGAAAGAUGCUGGAGAUGGAAGCCUCUUGUCAGCUGUGGCUGAAGCUGCAUUCCUCAUUGGACUCGAAAAAAACAGUGAUGUCGUCCACAUGGUCAGCUAUGCACCACUCUUUGUAAACUCAAACAACAGGAUGUGGACACCAGAUGCAAUUGUUUUCGACUCUUAUCAGCACUAUGGAACUCCAAGUUAUUGGCUUCAACAUCUUUUUAUAGAAUCAAGUGGAGCAACUUUCCUCAAUUCAACACUUGAAACUUCUUCUAACUCUCUUGUGGCCUCUGCAAUUGAGUACACAUCUUCUCAAGAUAAGAAGAAUUACAUCAGAAUAAAGGUCGUAAACUUUGGAAGUGACACCGAGAAGUUUAGAAUUUCUAUAAAUGGAUUAAGUUCAAAAGUCCAGCAAUCCGGGUCCACAAAAAUAGUAUUAACAUCCUCUAAUGUAAUGGACGAAAACUCCUUUUCUCAGCCAAACAAGAUUGUGCCACAACGAGCUUCACUCGAAAAUGCAAGCGAGGACGUGAACGUCGAACUUCUUCCUUAUUCUGUUACAUCAUUUGAUCUAUUGACUCCUAAACAACCUGGAAAUGACGUUGAUGUGUACUUGUCUCCUUUAAUUGAAGAUUUGAAGUUGUUGUGGGAUAAUGGCAUAGAAGUAUAUGACGGAUUUAGAGAUGAAAAUUUCACGGUGAAGGCAAUGUUGUAUGGAACUAUUAAUGACUUUCCUGCAUAUAGAAAUCUUUCUGGUUACAGCAUCAAAGGUUGGAAGAAGAUGUCAAUUUUCUUUCAGUUACCGUACUGGAAAUCUUUAUACGUAAGACACUUUGUUGAUGUUAUGCAUGUUAAAAAUAAUGUUUGUGAAAGUGUGAUUGGUACAUUAUUAAACAUUGUGGGAAAAAAGAAAGAUGGCAUCAAUGCAAGACUUGACUUGGUGAAGUUAGGAAUACGAUCCGAUUUGUCUCCAGUGAAGAAGGGAAAGCGGACCUUUUUACUGCCAACAACAUGUAGCCUGUCUAGAUAUGAGAAACGUACUUUAUGUGAGACUCUUUAUUCAGUUAAGGUUCCAGAGGGGUAUUCAUCAAACAUUAAAAGUCUUGUAUCACUUAAGGACCUAAAGUUAAAAGGAUUGAAGUCUCAUGAUUGUCAUAUAUUAAUAGAGAAUUUAAUUCUUGUUGCUAUACGGUCUAUUCUACCCAAGAAGGUUCGCAUGACAAUCACGAAGUUGUGUUUCUUUUUCAAGGCAAUAUGUAGCAAAGUGAUUGAUCCUGGGAGAUUACCAUGUUUGCAAAACCAAAUAGCUGAAACUUUAUGUGAGCUGAAAAUGUAUUUUUUACCAUCAUUCUUUGAUAUCAUGGUUCAUUUGACUAUUCACUUGGUGGAAGAGACAAAAUUGUGUGGCCCUGCAUAUAUGUGA